GUAGUUUCAUUGCAUGAGCCUAUUGAUUGCCAAGAUAUUUCACUCCACCUUCAUUGAUGGGCUGCUUUUACUCAAAGAAGCCCAGGCAUACUCCUGGUUAUGAAGAGCCUAUUGUUCUUGCUUCUGUAACUCCUUUCACUGUGAACGAAGUAGAGGCCUUGUAUGAACUAUUCAAAAAAUUAAGCAGUUCCAUUGUCAACGAUGGGCUUAUUCACAAGGAAGAGUUUCAGCUGGCGCUCUUUAGGAACAGAAACAAGAGGAAUCUCUUUGCAGACAGGAUAUUUGAUUUGUUUGAUGUCAAACGCAACGGUGUGAUUGAGUUUGGGGAGUUUGUUCGGUCAUUGGGUGUCUUUCACCCAAAUGCACCCGUAGCCGACAAAACUGCAUUUGCAUUUAGAUUGUAUGAUCUAAGGCACACUGGCUACAUCGAGAGAGAAGAGCUGGAGGAGAUGGUGUUGGCGCUAUUGCAUGAAUCAGAUCUGGUGCUUUCAGAGGAAGUAGUCGAAAUGAUAGUGGAUAAGACAUUUAGUGAAGCAGAUACAAAAGGUGAUGGAAGGAUUGAUCAGGAAGAGUGGAAGGAAUUCGUAUCAAAGAACCCCUCUUUGAUAAAAAACAUGACUGUUCCUUAUUUGAAGGAUAUAACCUUAUUCGCAUUUCCUAGCUUUGUGGUGAGCUCUGAAGUUGACGAUUCAGAAAUGUAGAAGAUAUGUUAUAACGUCAAGAAUUCGUUCAAAAUCUCUCAUCUGGGGAUGACAAACAUUUGAGUGAUGUGCUCCCAUAGAGGAGCUCCAAAUUGCAAGAUUUCAUUUGCCAAAAUGAAAUACCGAAGGACUGGAACUUUAUUUCAGUAAAAGGCCCUGAAGAGCAGUCGUCAAGCAAGAUUUGGUUCGCCAGCCGCUCUUCACUACAAUUCUUCAGUUUUUUCACCUUCUUAACAUGCCACCCCUUCUACCGUGAGGAAUUAAUUGUGUAGAAGGCUUACCAGUAUAUGUUGGAUGGUUUCCAGACUCCUCAUGUAAGUUUAGUUUAUGUGGUUAGAGCCAAUGCAGAGAUGUGUAAAAGUAAGACAGUCCUUCAAUCACAGCACACUUGGACAUGGGUGGUUUUCCCCCAGAUGAUUUACUUCAAGCGUGUGUCAUAUGAAAUGAAAUGGGGACAAGCAGCAGUUGGUGCUCCUGUAAAAGACAUGAGUUGUUGUUAAAGUAAUUAGUACCUGAACUACAUGUUUGUCAUUCUUGAAAGAAUGAAAUGUGGACA